AGCCAUACCACGGCAGUGGCGGGGGAGCGAGUCGUGGGCAGCUGCCGGCGGGCUCAGCGGCGGUGAGUGCAAAGCCUCAGGCCUGGGCUCCCCGUUGAGCUGCGCUGUGCCAGGCCGCCCGCCGGGAUGCAGUGGGCCGUGGGCCGGCGGUGGGCGUGGGCUGCGCUGCUUCUGGCUGCCGCAGCUGUGCUAGCCCAGGUCGUUUGGCUCUGGCUGGGUACGCAGAGCUUCGUCUUCCAGCAGGAAGAGAUCGCGCAGCUGGCGCGGCAGUACGCUGGGCUGGACCACGAGCUGGCCUUCUCUCGGCUGAUUGUGGAGCUGCGGCGGCUGCACCCAGGCCACGUGCUGCCAGACGAGGAGCUGCAGUGGGUGUUCGUUAACGCGGGCGGCUGGAUGGGCGCCAUGUGCCUCCUGCACGCCUCGCUGUCCGAGUAUGUGCUGCUCUUCGGCACCGCCCUGGGCUCCCGCGGCCACUCGGGGCGCUACUGGGCUGAGAUAUCGGACACCAUCAUCUCUGGCACUUUCCACCAGUGGAGAGAGGGCACCACCAAAAGUGAGGUCUUCUACCCAGGGGAGACGGUAGUGCAUGGGCCUGGAGAGGCAACUGCUGUGGAAUGGGGGCCAAACACAUGGAUGGUGGAGUAUGGUCGGGGUGUCAUCCCAUCUACCCUGGCCUUCGCACUGGCUGACACUGUCUUCAGCACCCAGGACUUCCUCACCCUCUUCUACACUCUUCGCUCCUAUGCCCGGGGCCUCCGACUUGAGCUUACCACCUACCUCUUCGGCCAGGACCCCUGACCAGCCAGGCCUGAAGGAAGAGCUGCGGAUGAACAGGAGUGGGCAGGCCCACACAUGUCCACCUGCGGGAGCCCAUGUUUACAGACAGGGACAUACUCACACCAUGCAGAUGUCGAGUUCCUGUGUACAAGCAGGGACAUCCAUGCUUAUACAUCCAAACACAGAGACACAGAUGGGACACAUAUAGAUACAGAGAUCUGUGUGUACAGCAGGAUCACACACUCACACCCAUCCAGAGAGGGAGCCUCACAUAUACAAGAGAGCCAUUCAUGUUCAAACACAUACACCACAAGCUUGACUCACUAACUCAGGCCUUUCCAGAGCUUCCCACCCACUCCCCCUAGACAGGGCUCUGGAGUUAAGGAUGGGGGUGGGUAUUACACUGCCUCAGUCUGACUCCUCAACCCAGCAGCAAUUUGGGGGCAAUGGAGAGGAGCUGCCCUUUGGAGGCCCCCAUAACCUGCAGCUGUGAUGCCCUUCCCCUUCUCCCCUGACCUCACCAUAUGCCUUAUCCCCAUUCUACUCCCCUGCUAUGCAAGUGCCCCUGUGGCUUGUCCCCCACCUCCUCAGCAACCAAGUCACCUGGAGAAUCAGAGUAAUGUGGAGAAUGCUGAAGUCAGAGUCUUCCAUUCCUAAAAGACCCCUGUUCCCCCUCAGGGGUGUGAUGGGGAAGCUGGCAUUAGCCCAAGGCCCACCACUGAGGAGAUGUGGGCCUAAUUCCAAGGGGCCACGCUUGGCCUAGAGAAGGCCUUUUCUGUGCAAACACACACCCCCAUCAUGAUUUCAGACAGCCCUUGCUACAUUCUCUGUCCGUCUGUCUGUUUCUGUUAAUAAAGACCUGUUGAUCAGUUCCA